ACAGCUCUAUCCGCUCUCCUCAGCCUCCUUCCUCACCAUUCCUCUGAUCUACUCUCUCAAGUCGAUCUCCCUCUCCAGGACCAUGAUCUGGUUUAGGUUGGUCGAUUGUCUCUGGAAUCUGAAUGUUGUGCACAAUUGUUUCGCCGUAUACCGAGUAUCAGAGAAGAUUAUUUGUAUGGACUCUAAGGAUCCGUUGGACAUUGUUUACUGUUAACCCUUGGAUCAGUAAUUGCGUAGUUCAUGAUUUCAGACGUCCUUCGGCUUCUCAAAUACUCCCAGUGUCAUCUGUGUAGUUUGGUCUUACCCGAUAGUGAAUGUAGGAAGGAGUUCAUCUUGUGCGAAUAUAACAGAGAUGCCGAUUCUUACAGAUCUCCUUGGUCAAAUAAAUACCAUCCCCCAAUAGAAGAUGCCCUUUACCCAUCUUCAGAAUUAAGAAAGCUUGAAGUUGAAGCCAAUGAAAUCUUUGCAAUCUACCUUGACCAGUAUUAUGAAGGUGGUAUAUCUUCUGUCUACAUGUGGGAGGAUGAUAAUGAAGGCUUUGUAGCAUGCUUCCUUAUUAAGAAAGAUGGGUCAAAGUCAGGUCACGGUCGGAGGGGAUACUUGGAGGAAGGAGCAUGGGAUGCUGUACAUGUUAUACAGGUUGGGCCUGAGGAAGAAGGAAUGGCACAAUACUGCUUAACAAGUACCAUUAUGUUAUCCCUGACCACGGACGAUGAGUCCUCAGGCAAAUUCAGCUUAUCUGGAUCAAUAAGAAGGCAGAUGAAAAUGAAGCUUGCUGUAGCAGAGGGACAUCUGUGCAACAUGGGCAGAAUGAUUGAAGAAAUGGAAGGCAAACUUAGGAACUCACUCGACCAGGUUUACUUUGGGAAGACGAGGGAAAUGGUUUGCAAUUUACGACCACCGGCAGAAGCAGUACAAAUGAGAUUGCCCGACAGCUGAUGUUAUGAAAUCUGUAGGCCCUUUUCCUUGUUUGGUCCAAACGUCUCUGUGUCAGUCUCCUCUAUUUGUACAACGUGUUCAAUUUUUAUGUUCAGGGAUCGAGAUAUUUAAAUUGCUGUAGUGUUGUAACAAGAAAAUACCGUACCACUUUUCCAUGUUAAUGUAGGUGUGGACAUUUGUUCCGGUUAUGGAUU